AUGGCAUCCCGAUCUCAAGGUCCUCGGAUGCAUCAGACGCUCUUUUUGCUCCUCGUCUUGGUCGCGUUGUACGCGUCGAGCGCGUUUGCCAGGUUGACAAGCCGCACGCUGCUCCGCGCGCCGAGCGUGCCCGUGCAACUCCUCCAACACGUCCAGCGCGCUGAGCAAGCCCAAAUCACGACACACCAAUCCCCUUUCAUCGUUUCGCGUGAUGUGGCGGUACGAUUUGCCCCGAGGGACAAGCCCGAAUACCAAGCGUACACGUUCAAUCAACUUGUCUCGCACCUCGACAGUGUGCCUGCGCCGGUCAAAGGCCAGACGUUCAAGCAGCGCUACUGGAUGAACGCCAAGCACUGUAAGUUUGCCGGCGACUCUUGUCUAGAUUUUGAAUAAAAAUACUUUGCUGAUCGCAUCAUUGAACGUAACUUGGGUGUAGACAAGCGUGGGGGACCCGUCUUUUUGCUCGAUGCCGGUGAAACCAACGGCGAGGCUCGUUUCCCUUUCUUGCGACAGGGGAUCCUCGAGAUCCUGAGCAAGGCGCACAACGGUAUCGGGUGAGCCGUUGCCCUUCUUGCACAGGAAGCCCAAAUAAUUACAUCUGAUCGUAUGAUCUUCUCGUACAGAAUCAUCCUCGAACAUCGCUAUUAUGGUGAAUCCUUCCCCGUUAAAAAUCUAACCACGGACUCGAUGCGUUUCCUUUCGACCGAGCAGUCGCUGCUCGACGCGAAAAACUUUAAGCUUGACGUCAAGCUUCCCGGCGUCGCGGAAUUCUCAAACAACCUCUCACCCUGGAUCUACUAUGGCGGAUCUUAUGCCGGUGCUAAAGCGGCGUUCGCGAGGAGGAAGUACCCCAGCACGUUCUGGGGCGGAAUCGUCUCAUCCGGCGUGAGUCCUCACUACUUACCCGAUCCUCUGCUUCUACCCGUCUGACCCUUGCCUUACAAGACAGGUCAUUCAACCCAUUAUCAACUUCCACGAGUACUACGAGCCGAUUCGCAAGUCGGCUCCGCGAAAGUGCAUGAAGCUUUUGAUCACCCACACAAACCUCAUUGACCAACUGCUUGACCUCAACAAUUACACCGUCACCUCGACACUUAAGGGUUUGUUCGGUCUACCCAAUGUAUCGCGUUCGGACGACUUUGUAAACACGCUCGCGCUCCCUCUCGGUAGUUGGCAGGAACGUAACUGGGACCCUGCCGUGGGGAGCAAAGAUUUCGAUAUCUUCUGUGACGCCGUGACGAGUUCGAAACACGUGCCGAUCUCGCCUAGACAAGCGGCGGUGCUACAACCCCCGAUCAAGAAGAUCAAGUGGGCCAGUGCGACCGAGCUUGACGACUUGGCCAAGUAUGCACGCUUCAUUCGCACCCAGGUGGCCAGCAGUUGCCCUGUAGGCGCGAGUCAGAACGAUUGCUUCUCGCAGAGCAGUGGUUUAAACGCGACCGGCUUGGACCAAGCUUCGUGGAGGUCAUGGGCCUGACAGUAUUGCACCGAGUAUGGAUUCUUCAUCACGGUGCGUGACGUUGAUUUCUCCUGCGUUCAAAAGAAAACAAUCUCAGCUCAUUUGCUGAAUCCUGCGUAUCUUCCACCCUAGUCGUCACCGAACGCGAACCGUCGCUUGGUCUCGAAGCGCAUCAACCUCAAGUACUCGAGCGAGAUCUGCCACCUGGCGUUCCCUCCCGGCAAACUGGUGUCGGUGCCCAAGACGCCGCAGAUCAAACGCAUUGAAAGAUAUGGAGGGCUUGCCAUGAAAGGGUCCAGGCUGGCGUUUGUUGAUGGGUCCGAGGAUCGUGAGUGGAUGCAUUGAGCCUUUUUUUCCUGGUGAACGGAUCCGGCCUAACUUGCUGAUUCGCGGGUUCUUCCCGUGUUUAGCGUGGCUCUACGCGACGCGACACUCAUCUCAUGCCAAGAAGCGCCCGGAUACGCUUUCGGGUCCCUACAAGCUGAUCGAGGGUGGGGUCAGUGAUAACGCCUGAGGCUUGGGAAGAAAAUCGGUGCGACCGGCGUGAGUUACUGACUCGCGCUGAUCUUCUCUUGGCCAGGUCCACCACUGGGAUGAGAAUGGAAGACCCAAGGGGGAACCCAAGAUCAUUCGUGAGAUCCAUGCCGAAGAAAUCAAGUUUGUGGGCCACUGGAUCGAUCAGUGGAACGCUAGGGAGUGAAAAGUGCGUUGUACGGAUUGAGGCUCGGCGGGGUGCGAGCCCCUGAGGAGGGUGUUUUGCGCCGGCAGAGAGGCGCAGAGGCUAUUUAUGUUUUAUGAGCCCCCAUCUCGAUGGUGAUUUUCUCUCGUUUUUCUGAACGCGUACCUUUAGUCUGCGAGUCUUGGCUUGGGAAGUGCCACACGGUAAUAUUGAUCAAUAGGCCAUUAGGUUGGUCCGAGUUACGCAUUGUUGAACAAGCCCACUGCGCCCCUUUUCCCCUUCGCGCGCCGACCUCCCCUCCUCCCCUGCUCUCAUCCCUUACCUCCCGCCCCACCCCCAACAAGGCACACCCUACCACCGGUACACCCUCGUCCUCCUCGAACAAAAGCAAGCACUCGGUCUCGCCCCCGAAGCCGUCGAACGGACCGAUUUCUCUGUACGCGAAUUCAUGCGACAGAACGACUUAACUGCGAGUGGGAUGAGCUUCUUCAGGCAAAAAUGGGACGAGGACGUUUCGACGAUCUACAGGGAGAUUUUGGAUCGGUUGACGGUGAGAUAUGGUUGGGUGAGCGCGAUGAGUGGAACUGAAUCGGGCUCCUUUUUUCCUUUCUCUCCCUCCUUUGAUCAGGUGCCUAGCCACCACGAUUUGCCUGACCUCCCAAGAUCGAUACGUAUGAGAUCGAUACGUAUGUUGGCCGCCCCGCCAAAUACGACCGUCAUUAG